AUGAAAAAUUAGUAAAUUAAGCCUUAUCAACAACAAUAAGAACAUAAAAAAAAAAUUGACGAUUAACGAGUAAAAUUAGAUUUAUUACAUUCGUUUGGCUCAUCAUUUUAUAAUGGUUAUAAAAAUGCCUUAGGAAUAAUGGAAGAAGAUGGCUAUAAUUUAUUAUUUCCAGUUGGCAAAUAUAUUGGAAUAAAACCACAUGAUAAAAAUGAUAUGGUAUUUUUACGUUUAACAGAAAAUUUAGAAAAAAUAAUUUGUUUAACCAUUUCCCCAAAUAAAAAAUUUGUGGCUGUUUGCGAAAGAUUGAAAUAAGAUGAAGAAUCGUUUAAAAGAUUCCCAUAAGUAUCAGUUUACAAUAUCAAAUCGAAUACAAUAAAAGCAAAUUUAUAAAAUGAAAAAAAACAAUUUUCAUAUCCAGAUACAUAAACAGAGGCAUUUAUAGCCAUGUGUUUUUCACAUGAUUCGCGAUUUUUGGCCUGUCUGACUGAUUCUCCUGAAUAUAAAUUAGUAUUUAUCGAUUUAUUGGCUAACAAAAAGGACAUAGCUGGCCUUAUAUUAAAAAUUCCAAUAACAAAAGUGACUAUUUCUCCGAAAGAUAAUCAUUAAGUGGCGAUUUCCGGGAUAAACUGCUUUAAAAUAUUAAGAGUAUAAGAAGGUUCAUUUGCAUACGUAAGUGAGAACAUAAAAAGACUUCCAUAAAAUUAAACAUUUACAGACCAUAUAUGGUUUGAUGAAAAAAAAAUAGCUUUAAGUAAUGAUAAAGGAGAAAUUUAUAUAAUAUAAGAAAACGAAGUAAAAUAAUAUAUCGAAAGUGGAUUUUAAAUUGAAGGUUUGGGAAUUAAUUGUAUGGUUGCUUUCACUAAAGGACUUAUUAUUGGAAGCGAUAAUGGUGUAUUUGCGCUUUGGUUGAAAAAUGAGAAUUUAAGUGAUGAAAAUAAUGAAGAUGAUUUUAAUAUUAUUUAUAUUAGGAGUUGGAGUUCAGAUAGAGGAUAAUGCGUUUUAUCUAUCUAAAUUACCUAAGCUGAAGAUUUAAUGGCUGUUUCAUUCAAAAGUAACGAUAUUGCAACUUUUGAUUUGACAAAAUUAUUGCCUUAAGUACCAGAAUCAAUUGAAAGUUUGAAGUAAAAUAUUAAUUAUAUGGAAAAAAAAUUGAAGUUUGAUUAUGUUUUUGGAGGGUUCCAUUUAGGACCAAUUAGCUGUAUGGAUGUUUGCUUAUAAAGACCUCUAAUUGUUACUUGCUCGUAAAAAGAUUCUACUAUAAGAAUCUGGAAUUAUGUUAAUUUUAGAUGCGAAUUAGCAAGAAAAUUUAUUACUGAUAAUAAUGAAAAAUCUCCACUUUUAAGUGUAGCUUUUCACCCAUCUGGAUACUAUUUGGCAGCUGGGUUUAUUGAUAAGUUUAGAGUUUAUCAUGUUUUGAAGGAUGAAUUGAAACUUUUUAAAGAAUAUCCAGUUAAAAAUGCAACUUUGCUUAGAUUCUCGAGUGGAGGAUAGUAUUUGGCUGUGGCUUAUUUAAUGUCGAAAAAUUAAUCAAAUUAAUAUUGUAUUAAUAUAUACAAUUCUUAUUCUAUUUAGAUUAUAGUAACUCUUAAUGGGCCACCUAGUUAAGUAACUGAAAUUAUUUGGGGGCCUUUUGAUGAAUUUAUUUUGAGUAUUUCUAUUGAUGGAACUGUUUAUAGAUGUAAAUAAUUUAAAAUUUAAUUUUAAAAUAAUAAUUAAUAAAACUAAUUAGAUAAAGGAAUUGUAUAUGGUUAUAUGGAUUAAAAUGAACUUGAAUAAAAAGAAAAAUUAAGCCAAUAAUAUGGAAAUAAUACUAUCUUAUAUGGAUAAUAGAUAUAAGAUAUGGAUUUUGAAUUAAAAAAUUAUAAAAUCACAUAAUUUUGUUUUUUAUAAAGCUUUUAUAAUUAUUAUGGUAUAAUAGCAGGAACGAACUAAGGAGCAAUAAAAGUAAAAAAAAAAAUAUAAUAAUAAUAAUAAUAAAUAAAGGUUUUCGGGCAUCAUUUUAGUAGUAUCCCUUAUGAAACAAUCUAAGCUCAUUGUGGAUAAGUAACAUAAAUAAAAACAUCUCCAGAUGGUCGUUAUAUAUUUUCAGGAGGAGAAGAUGGAGCUAUAUUUAUAUUUUAAGUAAUAAAUAAUAUAUAAAUAAAAUAUGAAAUAAAAUAAAAAAGAUGUAAAAAAUAAUAUAUAAAAGUAAUAAUAAAUAAAUAGAAUCCACGAGCACUUGUAGUUGAUGAGCAUUUAGCAGAUGUAAUAAUGGUAUAUAAAAAUGAAAUAGAAGGGUAUGUGUAAGAAUAAGAAAAAAUUCAAGCGGAAUAUAAAGAUUUUAAGCAAAGGAUGAACGAGAAUUUACAAGAAGAACGUUCAAUAAUGGAAUUUAAGAUGUAAAAAAUUAAAGAACAAUAUGAGAAUGAGUUAGUGAAGUAAAAAAAGAUAUAUGAUGAGUUAAACUAUAAUAAAUAAGUAGUAGAACAAGAUUAUAAAAUAGUAAUAUAAACUUUAGAAGAAAAACAUUUGAAAGGUGUGGAAGAAUUGGAAGGUCUUUAUGAGAAAAAAUUAGGGUUUGAAAAUGAGAAAUAUAUGUAAUAAGAAAUGGAAAUGAAAGAAGAAGCUUUAAAAUUUGAGCGAACAAUUAAGGAAUUAUAAAAAAAGCAUGAUAAUAAUAUUAAUAUGUUAAAAACAGAAUUUAAUUAAAACUUUCAUAAAGCUUAAAAAGUUUACGAAAACAUGAAAUUAACAGCAGAUGAUGUCAAAAAACUUUACGAAGAAAAGCUUUCUUAGUAAGAAGAAGAACAUGAAAUCGAAGUUAGAUAAAUAUUGGAAAAUAAUCAAAAAGAAUGUAAUGAUUUAAAAGGGAAAUUUUAAGAAUUAAAGAAUAAAUCUAAAAAAAUUAAUACAUAAUUAGAAGAAAUACAAGAAUAAAAUAUUAAUUUGAAAAAAACUUAAGAAGAUAAGGAUAAUUAAAUAAAUUCUUUAAAAUCUAAAUUAAAAGAACAAAUUAGUUAAAACGAAUUGCUAAGAAGCGAAUUCAAAUCUUUGGAAGAAAUACAUAAAAAAAAAGAAAAAAAAAUAUAAGAUUAUAAAUACAAAAUCUCUGAUUUAUAAAAAUCUAAGCAUGUUCUCUCUUUUAGAACAACUGAAAUGAGAAAAAGUUUAGAACCAAAAGAAUCUUAAAUUGAGAAACUAAAAGAAGAAUUAUUUAAAUUAGAAGGGGAGUUUGAAGAAAUGUUAUAAGUGGCUUAAAAGUCAAAUGAAGAAUUGAAAAAAAUGCAAAUAACAGUUGAAAACCUCAAAAAAAAUUUAAAAAGUUAAAUAGAAUAAACAAAAAGCAAGGAUUAAUAUAUAAGAUAAAUUAUUAUGGAUAUAUAUAAUUGUGUGGAAAAGAAAGAUAGAAAAGAGUGGGCAGAUGAGAUGAAACGUUUUUAUUAAAUAUAUGUAUUAGAUACAUAAAAAGAUAAAGAGCUAAAAUAGUCAAUAAAUGAUGAAUAAGGGUAAAUAGAAAUGCAAAAAUAAGUAUAAUAUUUAGAAAAGUCUAUUUAUUAAUUAGAUAAAGCAUCUAUUAAAUUAACUUUAAGAAGAGAUAAAGAAAUUUAUAAAAAAACAAAAGAAAACACUGAAUUAAUUAAUGAAAUUAAUGAAAUGAGAAAAAAUAAUUAAAAAUAAUAAGCGGAAAUUCAAAAUUUACUUAUAUAGUUAGAUAAUAAUAAAAAAGAAAAUAACAACUUUAAAAAUGAAAUAAAAAGAAUAAAAAGUUAGUUAUUAAAAAAAUAAAAAGAAUUUAAUAUGUUUGAAGAAAACAAUACUUAAAAUAAAGUUUUAAAUCCAUUUUUCGAAUCUUCUUUAGAUAAAUAAUAACCUUUUAAUAAUACUUCUUGUAAAUUUUAGCCAGCAAACACACUUCCUGUAUUAAAAAAAAUGAAUAAACUAGAUGAUAAUUCGAAGUCUUAAGGAAAAAUAAUUAAAGGGCUUAAUUUUGAUAUUAAAACUUUAAAUACUUUUGACAAAGCUAAAAUGAUGGAAACUGUUACUGAUUUAGAAUUAAUAAAGUAAAAAUUAGCUUCUAUUGAAAAAUAAUACAAAGGAUUAUAAAAUAAAGUAAAAAAACAUUUAAAUGAUUAUAAAUGUGGUGAUUUUUAAUUAGAAAAUGAAAUUAAUAAAAGUAAUUUUAAUAAUUCUUUGUUUGAUAAUCACUUAUUUGAUUCUUAAGUUUAAAAUUGA